CAGGAGCCCCAAGACGCGCCACGCUCCCGGCCUCGCCCCGUGGGGGGGCGGCAGCCCCAAGGAGCCCGAGAUGGCGGACAGCGCCGCGGCCACCGCCGCUCCUCGGGCCGGCGUGAAGGGCUCGGCCGGGCCCUGGUGGAAAUCGCUGACCAGCAAGAAGAAGCACAAGGAAGCGGCGGUAGCCCCGCCGCACCCCGUCGCCAGCGAGACCCCCGCCGACACCCCCAGCCCCGACGGCCGGGAGGAACAGCCCGUUCCCUUCGGCAGCGGCGACGCCGCGGGAACCGCAGUCGGCAACCGGCGGAGCCUCCGAGUGUCCCAUUCGGGCCGCUUCAAGGAGCGGCGGAAGGUGCGCACCUCGCUGCUGGCCGACAGCCCCGAGGUCUUCGACGGCGGUGGCGCCCCAGGCCAUGCCGCCCAAGGGCCCGAGUAGCCCGGGAGGAGCUCGCCGAGGAGCUGCCGCUGGAUGGGUGGCCGGAGAACUGGCGGGACGGGCGGCCGGAGUCGCUGACUGCCCCACAGCUGGGCUUGGACCCAUGGGUGCCGUGUAGGCAGCGGCCUCCCACACCCUGAGCGGACACUGCGGGGAGCCCGGCAGCGCUGCCAGGCGAGGGAAUCGCGGGCGCUGUGUUACACGAACACCGCCAAUAGCAAACCCCUGGAUGACGGGACGAUGUGAUUGUCUUUUAAAAAAACCCGCAAAUAAACACCCCACUCCCUGUACUGUGGUGAGCAGACUCAAAGGUGCUAUCCCAAGGCCGACGGUGGGGUCUCUGAACCUUCCCA